UUUUUAUCAAACAUAAGUUCAAAGAUAUGUAAAGAAUAAAUUUGUUGUAAAAUAUAAUGCUACUUGCCGAGAAUUUUUUCAAGAAUCUAUAAUAGUAAAUUCAACUUAUCAAUUUAAAAAGAAAAUUUAUAACUUAUUGUUAUAUUUACUUAUUGAAGUAUUAAUUUUCUCAAAUAUGACUACGGUUUGUUUCCGACCAUUUUCUACUUCUCCCAUUAGUAAUCAUAUUAUGAAGCUAACAAGAUUACGUGUGGUUGAUAAUAGUACUAUUGGAAAACAAGCGAUGGCUGAAGGUAAACCACCUCGCUGUAUACAUAUUUACAAUAAAAAAGGUAUUGGUACAAUAGGGGACAAAAUAUUGGUUGCUAUUAAAGGAGAAAAAGUUAAAGCAAUUAUUGUAGGUUGUGUUAAAGAACAAAAACCCAAUAUACCCAGAUUUGAUAGUAAUAAUAUUGUUUUGAUUGAUGAUAAUGGUACACCAUUGGGUACACGUAUAAAUGUUCCAAUUCCAAUUAUGUUAAGAACAAUUUUAAAAGAAAAAACUAUUGCUAAAGGUGCUGAUUAUACAAAAUUAUUAGCUAUUGCUUCUACAUAUGUAUAAAUAAUAGUAUGUCAUUUAUAUUUAGUUAUACAAAUUUGUAUAUUUUUGUUAUUUUAAUUAUAUAAUAUAAAAAAAAGAAA